UUUUCUCAGCUCUUGCUGAUGUCCUUGCUGAUAUCCUUCUCGCCGCUGAUCGUUGCCAAUGAAUAUCGCGAAUCACCGAAGCUCACAGGAUCGGCACAGCUGCUGCAGAAUCCAGAGGAUAAUAUACUCAACUCCUUGGAUGUGGCACUGGAUACGAUCAGCAACAUCUAUAUGCAAGCUCUGCUCUCGGGCACUCAUACACCUGAGAUGGAGAUAUCAUUUCGUGCUCUUGAAAUAGAGCUCUACGAACUACUGGAUCGUCUCUAUAAGCAGCAUCGCCUCAAGGACUAUAUGAAGUACGAGCCGGAAGUGACGCGACAAAUGAUUAUCUAUGGUAUGCUGAAGGAGCUCUUUGGGUAUACACAGCAUGUGGAGAAACCAAAGUAA